UAUAUGAUUGGCCAUCAUGUUUUAACUCCUGCUGACAGUUUCAAAAAUCUCGGGGUUAUAAUCGACAAUCAGUUAAACUUCAACCAGCACAUUAAUGACAUCACCCACAGGGCUUCAACCCGUGCUCGCCUUAUCAUUAAAUGUUUCACUUCUAAAGACAAAGAUCUACUCACUAAAGCUUAUUGCACCUAUGUUCGAUCUCUGUUGGAGUAUUGUUCACCAAUCUGA